CCUAAUUUUCCCAAAAAGACCACAAAAAAGAAUAUGGACGACGAAAAGUCGAAAACACUCAAAAAGAAUGUAUUAGAUUUAGAUGAGUUUGCCUUUGUACUCAAACUCCAUACUCCAUUCUCCAAUAAGCAUUAUCCCCUGCCUGUGUGCGGCGUCCGUUGUGUCGCCUUCCCUCUGAUAGUCAGAUGGACUCCAUUAAACAAAACGCCUCCAAAACUAUAACUGCAAGAGAAGAGAGAGAAACUUCUGGUUCCCCCAAAAAAGUAUGGUUUUUCUCCGCUUUACUCACUCUACAAUAUGGUGCUCAACCUUUGAUUUCCAAGCGCUUCACCAGGCGAGAGGUAAUUGUAACUUCGUCCGUUCUGGCUUGUGAAGUUGCAAAGGUGAUAUGUGCUUUCGCAGUCCUCACGUUCAAUGGUAGCCUAACCAAAUUAUGCAAAGAUUGGUCUUUGCUCCGGGCAUUGACCUUUUCAGGACUUCCAGCUGCAAUAUAUGCACUGCAAAAUAGUUUGCUUCAGAUAUCUUACAAAAAUCUGGACUCCCUUACAUUUUCAAUGCUGAACCAGACAAAGCUAUUUUUCACGGCAUUCUUUGGGUUUGUGAUAUUGAGGAUUUGGGUUUUAAUCUUCUAUAGGCAGAAACAAUCAAUUCAACAAAUUGGAGCUCUUUUUCUAUUGAUAGUUGCUGCCGUACUUCUAAGCAUUGGUGAAGGGACAAGUAAAGCUUCUAAGAGCCGAAAUCCUGAAGAAGUACUAUUUUACGGGAUUGUUCCUGUGUUGAUUGCCUCUGUACUUUCCGGUCUAGCUUCUGCGUUGUGUCAAUGGGCUUCUCAGGCCAAGCAACACUCCUCUUACUUGAUGACCAUAGAAAUGUCAAUUUUCGGAAGCCUGUGCCUGUUGGCCAGUUUAUCCCAAUCCCCUGAUGGACAUGCAAUGAAAAAGCAUGGGUUCUUAUAUGGAUGGACUCCUUUAACUUUGGUCCCUGUUGUAGCAAAUGCGCUUGGUGGUAUUCUUGUCGGCCUUGUCACAAGUUAUGCCGGUGGUGUCAGGAAGGGUUUUGUCAUAGUUUCUGCACUUCUGGUGACAGCCUUGCUGCAAUUCAUUUUCGAUGGAAAACCACCUUCACCAUAUUGCCUUGUGGCUCUUCCGCUUGUGAUUACCAGCAUCUCAAUAUAUCAGAAGUAUCCUUACCGUGUUAAGAAGAAGGAAGCUUAGAGAACAUAAUCAUUAUGAGUUGGGGAAGUUCAUUUUUUUAUUAUUCUUGCCUCAACUGGGUAUCGUAGAAUGUAGAUUAUGGUCUGUUCAGAGUCUGGCAGACCUGUGUUGUCAUUUGUCAAUGCUAAAGGUGCAAAACUGGUGAUGACACUUAGUAUCUUUUCACUACUUUUACUAUUAGUGAUUAAAUACUGAAUUAAGGUUAAAUGCUAAGAUGAUGUCCCUGUGAAGGUACUCAUCUGGCUGAUGUACCUGUAUCAUUGAACAAUGAAAAUUCAUUCACAAGAAUGUAUAGUUUGAGCGUGACUGGUUUUCAAGUGUUC